AUGAUAGGGGUAUCGUGUAGCAGUGUUGGGCUUGGUCUCCUUAUCAUACUUGUUGUUUUAUGUACUGUCAGUGGAGCAGCGAGAUAUCGGGCUAAAUACACUUUAUACAUAUUUUGUAGUUUUUUAUUCGCCACAGCACCUAUACCAUUGAUGUUAUUACGUCCUCGCGAUUGGAGAAAUGCACUCAUACCGGCAUGGUUGAUAACACGAUUUUCACGUAUAAUUGGGUGUCAUUUUAUUCUUAUUGGAAAAGAGAAUAUUGUUAAAGAAACUGGUGCAGUUGUUCUUAUCAAUCAUCAAAGUUGUUUGGAUGUUAUUGGGGAAUUAUGGCCAGUCCUUGAACGCUGUACAGUUAUUGCUAAAAAUGCCGUUUUAUACUUAGGAUCCUAUGGAUUAGCUUCGUGGUUAUGGGGAACAAUAUUUAUUGAUCGAAAAAAUUCAAAUGCUCAAAAUAAAGUGAAUUCAACUAUAGAGAUUAUUAAGAAGAGAAGGGCAAGAGUACUCUUUUUUCCUGAAGGUACACGGCAUUCUAACAAUACUUUGAAGUCUUUUAAAAAAGGCGCGUUUCAUGUAGCUAUUGAUUCUCAAAUACCUAUCCAACCUGUGGUUGUAUCUAAAUAUUAUUAUAUCAAUCAUAAAUUAAAAAGAUUCGAUUCCGGAGUGAAUUAUAUAUCAAUUUUGCCACCUAUUUCUACUGAAGGAAAGACCAAAAAAGAAAUACCUUCACUGAUGGAACAAGCUUAUCAAUGUAUGAACGAAGAAUUUAAAAAAAAAACACAAGAAGCUAUAGAAAAUUUCAUGGUUGAUAAAAAACAGUGA